CUUCCUUCUUCCCGCAAAAUAUUCCACCUUUAUUUUCUCGUUUCUAUUUUUAUUUUCUGUUUGUUUCUCAUGAAAACUCCAUAACCAUUCUGAAAAUUCAUCAUGGGUUAUUUUCUUUUUCCUCAAUUGAGCUGAACGCAGAUGUGAAAAUUUUGAUUUACAGAGUUUAUGAAAGUAAAUUGACGAAUUUGUAAAACAAGAAAAAGAAGGAAUUAAUGGAGAGAUCAAGCUCGAUUUUUGUUGUUAACGGAGGAAUCAGAUUACCGAUUGGAUACAGAUUUCGUCCUACUGAAGAGGAGCUUCUUGUUCAUUACUUGAAGAGAAAGGCUUUCGGUUUCCCGUUGCCUGCUCUGAUCAUCCCUGAGUUUGAUGUGUUCACAACUGAUCCCUGGAUCUUGCCAGGUGACAUGAAGGAGAAGAACAGGUAUUUCUUUAGCAAGGGUUCAACAAUGGGGAUUAAUGGAAGUGGGUCUGGUUACUGGAAGCCAAUUGGGAAGGAGAAGAAAAUUGUAGCUUCUUCCGGGACCAACCAGAUUUUAGGGAGUAGAAAAUCUCUGGCCUUCUAUGAAUCCAAGAAGAAGAAGAAGAAGACUUCUCAUGAUCAUCCUCAUGCCACCAAAACCCGCUGGAUCAUGCACGAAUACCGCCUUUCGAUUCCUCCUACAACCCAGAUGUCUGAGAAGAAACAUGAAGAUGAUUGGUCGGUUUACUGUGUGUUUCAAAGGAAGAGAAAAGCCAGAAGAAGCCAUGGAAGCAAUCUUCCAUGUAGAUGCAGCUGGAAGAAGAAGCAGGAGGAAGAAGAAGCUAGGAAGUCGGUUAGUAGUAUAUGUAGAAAUAGUAUAUGUAUUGAUUUUACAGUACAAGAUAGCUCUGAUCAUUUUGGUCCUCCACCGCCUUCUUCACCAAGCUCCAUUAAUGGAGCCACUGAAGAUUGUUUCUCUGAGGCAUUAGACCAAGAAGAAAAUAGCAGUACUACAGCUCAUCAGUUCUUCAGUUUCUGUACUUCAAAUUAAAUUAUCAACUUGUGCUGAGAAAAAAAAAUAGCAAUUAUUGAGAAAUUAAUUUAGAAGGAAAAAAGGCAGUUAAUUGAUUUACUCUUUUAUGAA